AUGAUUGAGCUACAGCAGGCGGCCAGCAACAAACCGGACGACGACUCACAUAGACAUGUUGAAAGGUGGAAGUGCAGGUAUGACAAUGAUCCUGACAGCAACAACAGAUACACUCUGGCAGCCAGUGGUAUCAUCUUUGGCAAAUAUGUCGAUGGCUGGGAGAGCAAGAUCAUCAAGGCGAUCACCGAGAGAAUGGUCUUCACGGAGCAGUUGACCAUCGUUUACUUCACCAACCAUCAAUGGUUCGAUAACAACACGACGUUAACGCAGGUAUUCGACUGGCUGCACUCAAAGUGCGACAACCUCACAACUAUGGUAGUCAAGAGCAAGAACUAUGAUCGCAACCGCAACACUCUAGACCUGGGCGCAUUGUUCACCUUUAUCCAGGACAAGAAAUCGCUCAGGAACAUUACAAUCGAUCGAUCUCUCUUUAAUAUGGUUGGCAACGAUUGGGAAAUCAUCUCGUCGUUCCCUAAAGGUGGCCCCUAUGACUUUGGACACAUCAAAUCUUUAAAACUUUAUAGUUGUAGCUUGCAUCGUGAUGACUUGACACAGUUUUUCAUAUUCCUCAAUGGAUUCACGAUGUUGAAGCAUCUCUCGAUUAGUGUCAAUGCUCAUGGCCACAGUGAUGAAAGCGCGCAGCACAUGUUUCACGACAAUCUCUCAAACUUUGUCAUCCAGAGCAGCGACACCCUGAGGUCGCUGGAUCUCGGCUCAUACUACACAGAGGAUCAGGUGUUCCUGGACAGGUUGGAGAAGAGCAACACACUUGAGCACCUGUCAAUGUCCUUCCCAAUGAUGAAUGACGAAGGAUUUGACAGGACAGAUGUGGAUAGAUACCUCCUCCUUAUUCCAGAUUCGGUCAAGUCUUUUGUUUGGAAGAGGAUACCAUCGCAUGCGGUCAACGAGUUUGACCAGUUAUGGUACUUCCUCAAGAUAAACACACCGUCCACCAUCGAGAGAUUGCACAUCAAGCUCGACCACAAAGAAUACUUGCGAGGUGAAUAUCGGCCAGACACACAUGAAUUCUUCUCGUCCAACACUAAACUGCGAUACUUGCGAGUUGAUGGCGCUGACGAGGAGGUGGUCCUUCAAAUACUAGUCAACGCACUACAGUUUAGCAAGAGUCUUGUGCGAUUGGAACUGCGACAAUUACAAGGUCACCAAGAAAUGUCAAUGGCCUGGCUCACAACAUUGUCCCAAUGUACCACUCUAAAGACCAUCAUCAUGUAUAUGGACCCACGUGGAUUUGAAAAAGACUACUCCCUUAACCUUCCCAACAACUGUCCAUUUUCGUUGGUGUCCAAACCGAUAAAGAGGGAUCGCUGGAGCUGGAAUCCUAUCAAGUAUGUCUUCAAUAAAGUAUGA